CGUUUGAGUAGAAGCAAACAAAACUCCCUUUGAUGACGCUUCACUCAACAAUAAAAAUCUCUCCAAAUUGUCGUAUCAAAUCAAACAAACAUCAUACACAUGACAUAUAUAUAUAUAUAUAUAUAUCCUAUAAGAAUCCUCUCAUGGAUGCCAAAGCAAAAUCAGCAUCAUCAUAAACACAAUGAAUCUCCCUCUCCAUCUCAUUUCCAUGGUGUUAUUGUUCAUCCUCGUCUCUCCGGCACAUACCUCGGACGAUAUGAUCGUCAAAACCUGCGAAAAAUGCGCCGCCAAAACCGAAAUCUUCAACUCCACGUUCUGCGUGUCCUCUCUUGAGGCGUCGCCCAUCGGACAACCCACCAACCUCACGGCCAUGGCCGUCGUCCCGAUGCUCGAGGCCCUCGACAACGCCACCGCCACCGCAUCGACCAUUGAACGGAUGAUGGCCGGAGGAGGGUUCGACGGCUAUGGAGUGGCAUGCCUCCGUGACUGCCUCCAGCUCUAUCAGGACGCGGCGGACGAGCUUGCCGAUGCGGUGAGGGCGUUCUUGAAGGGACAGUUCGGGACGGCGGACGUUAUGGUCAGUGCCGCCAUGGACGCGGCCGUCACGUGCGAACAAGGGUUCGCAGAGAGAGAUGGAGGAGGAGAUCAUGAUGAUGAUGAUGUGUGGAGGUCUCCUCUGGGUAGGGAGAAUUACAGUUUGUUCGAGUUGGGAGAGAUUUCUCUUUGUAUUAUCAGUAUGCUCUCUGAUGGUGUUUCUACGGCUUCUUGAUUUAAAUAUGUUGCCUUUUCCUUGAUCCAUCUCUUAUUUACGGUAAAUAUUAGGAUCGCCAUUGGGGGUUUCGGUCGAGAUUCGAUCCGGUUAUAUGUGUUCCGUUAUUUCGAUUAUUAAAAAACUUUAACCAUUUGGCUUUUA